UCUCUACAAACCUUCUCAUCUAGAUCUUUCUUUUCUCCAGACACCAGACGGCACGGCCACUUCAAAGGUCUGAAGCUCAUCACCUUCAAAUUCUCCAACAAAAUGGUGGAAAACGAGGUGGACGCGGCAGUCCUCAACAUCCACGUCCAGGAGUUGCAGACACACAACUCCACCAUAGACACGACGGAGGACCAUUUCACCAUAAACAUCCAACCUAGCAGAGUAACUAAAAAUCACAAUAACAACAAAGCAGCCGUACCAUACGGCCCCGAAAAUUCAGUGAAGAUGUCGAGAAAAGAACUGAAGAUGGGGAAAUGGCUGAAGUUAGAUGUGACGAGUAUGGUGGCGGAGUUUUUUAGAUUGCCACGGGAACAGGGGUUAGAGAUAGUAGUGAGAGUACAAGACUCGAAGAAUAAGAUGAGCUUGGUUGUACCGCAUCCGAGCGCUGAAUCAAACAAUGCUUUGAUGCCAUAUAUAGAAGUAAGUCUAAAGGACAAUUCACAUAAGAGGAUAAGGCGAAAUAUCGGCAUGGAUUGCAACGAAAACUCCAAAGAGGCGAGAUGCUGCCGUUACCCCCUAGUAGUUAACUUUGAAGAGUUCGGUUGGGACUGGAUCAUAGCCCCAAAACAGUACGACGCGAACUACUGUAGUGGGGAGUGUCCCUACAGCUUCCUACAGAAGUAUCCUCACACACAUUUAGUGCAUUUAGCAGCGCCGCAAGGAAGCGGAGGUCCUUGCUGUGCCCCGAGAAGGAUGUCGAGUAUCUCAAUGCUGUACUUCGAUCAUGAUUUGAAUAUCAUCUACGGCACGAUCCCGGGUAUGGUGGUGGAGAGCUGUGGCUGUUCAUAGCGACAGUUACCUGCCUAGUCUAAGACUCCAAGCGAAGUCCAGUGUUUGUCUUUUUAUUUGUUUCUCAAAAUUGUCACUCCGUUCAUUAUAAUUGUUUAAUGUUGACCAGCGUUAGUUUCAUCGUUUCGAUUGUAAAUAUAUCGCUUUCGAGAUUGGAUAUUUUUUUAUUGUGUAUUUUCGUUAGAUUUGUUGGUUUCGAUAAUAUGUUUGUAUACCUACUGAUUCUUAUUAAUUUUAAUCAUUUUAUUGAUACUUAUUCUACUUUCGCUUGGAGUCAUAAGUGUAGUCUAUCCCUUUGUGAUAUUUGGCUGAAGACUGCGAAUCCUUGUGUUGUGUGCGCGUGUGACAUUGUAAAUUUAUUCUACGUUUGUACAUCUUAGUGUAAUGGACGCUCUUACUAUAAGUUCUAAUAUAGCAUCAACAUCAUUCAUUUUCGUAUUUAAAUCCUUAUCGGUUUCAGAAAUGCUAGAUUUUUUGGAUCAUCUUCGAAAUUUUACAUUUUGAUUAAGUUCUUAUAUUAAUUUAGCUUUAGUUUUCUAGUGUUUUACUUCAGACGUAAGAUUUGCGUAUGGGUCUUUAAAUACUAUUCUGACGUUGAGUAGGCUCACUAAGUCAAUCAACCUGAUUUUCUAAAUAAUCUGUAAACUCACUUGCAAAUUUUUUUUUUAUUCACUUGCUACAAUAUGUUGACUAACUAUAAAAUUACUGCAAUGUCCUUUAAAUCUUUGUGCAAACUGUGCACUACUUACGCACAGUUUAAGGAAGUUAUUAAAAAAUAGAUAACUUUAUUAUCAGUUUCGACUUUUAUAGUUGUCAGACUAAUUAACCGAAAUAAAAACCAGGCUCUAUAUUCUUGACCCAUAUUAAUUAUGAUGAAAUUAUAAAUUAAAAUCAAUAAAAAAUGUACGACGCCUGCCUUGAUAACACGAGUUAUUAAGUCGAGACGAUCAUUCUUUAUCAGUUAUCACCUUUGCAGCAAUGACAUGAGUGUCUUUAUGCAACUUUUUAUCUCUAAAUGUCAUAUUUUCUAGGUUUAUCUUCAGUAAUAUUAAGUUAGGAACCUUAAUUGAAUUUUAACGAAUGAUGAUAAGCAUGACAUUGAGAUGCAUGCUUGAUUGUACCUACAUGCAUUUAUACUUUAAGCCACAAAUAGAACGGCUCUUCAAAAAUACCGAAAAAUACUUAGUUGAUUUAGAAUAUUAUUCAGAUUUGUUUUGGACAUAUACAGACGCAUAGAAUAAACUGAAAAAGUGCUUCUAAUCUAGUACCUACCUACUUAAAUAAUAUAAGCAUGUAUUUGUCACAGUUUAAUAAUAAAUAUAGCUAAGUAUAUAUUUUAAUAUUUCACAAACUACAAGUUAUCAAUUAGUUUGCGAAGUUUUCGUCUUACGAAACUAUCUUCUUCUUUUGAUUUGUCUAUUUGGUGCCUUUCUAUAACGAUAAAUUCUAUAAGUAAUUGAAAUUAGCAAAGCUUUUUUAUUGUCUUGAAGCUGAAUUUGAUAAAUACUUAUUUAAGUUACUUAUUUAUGAAUUCUUGUGACAUUUUUUUAUCUUACCACAAAUUUUCUAAUCGUGUUUCAAAAAUGUUUGUAUUUUCUUGUCUAAAAUUUUAUAGCGGGUGGUGCUUAAUCAUCUAGGUGUUUGUUACAAUUAUCAAAUUAUAUAUCAGUGCCUACCCAUAAAUUGUAUUAUUUCGGCGUGAUCUAAAGUAAGAUUAAGAAAAAAUGUUAAAUGUAGAAUUUUCAAAAAAUAGAUCUCAUUUUAAGGGCAUUUAGUUGCAUUUUGUGCCUUUUAUAGAUCUCCUUACUUUUGGAUGUGGAAAAAUAUUAAUGUUUAAAAAUAUAUAUAGUAAUAAAUAUAUUAGUUUGUAUAAGUUU